AUGGGGGACGACGACGAGAAGAGCUCUGAGGUGAUUAAAGCUUUAACGCGGAAAUCGAAAGCCAUCGAAGCGUCGUUCCAGAACGCGUUCAACUCUUUAAAAGACUCGAUUAAAAUUUUAAGCGAAAAGCACAAAGAAGACGAAGACGAAGAAGUCGUCAAACGGGCAAAGACUGUAAGAGAUGAGGCGAAGAGAAAAGUGGAGAAGGAGCAAGGAAAGAGUCCGAUGGGUGCGCAGAUGCGAGAGCAAAUGGCAAAGAGAAUCGCGGAAGCGAGCGAUGCGUUGCAAAAGAAAAGAGAGAAGGUUGCAAAAGAGGUGAAGAAGUAA